UUGAAGGACCGCAGCACGCAAUUUUGGAGUUGCAAGGACACAGGAGCUCUGGCAAAACUGAACUAUCCCUUUCUUUCCGUCAGCAAAGAGUUGGGACGGGGAAUAAGAAGCGAGAAAGAACUGCCACACUCAAUAAACACAAGACCUGCAAGUCAAGCCGUCAGCAAGUUAAGCUUCUCUAGUCGAAUUAUAGCAUCGAUAGUUAAUUGUACAUCCGUCUAGUUUCGCACGUUGUAGAGUUGCAGAGCAGACCUUGCUGGCUUUGGAACCUUAGAGCCACAGUUGAAAACCUCGGGUGGUCAGAGCUUCUGCAAAGCACAGUUCGAGUUACAAUGGCUCACCUCGGUUCCCAUCAAGUCAACGAGGAGCUUCCAGUGUUUUUGCACAACGACAGCCUCAAACAUCACCAUCAUGUCUGUGACAUUGCACACGACGCUUGGAGACCUCAAAAUCGAGGUCUUUUGUGAGAGCGUCCCCAAGACCGCUGAGAACUUUCUCGCGCUCUGCGCAUCCUCCUACUACGACGGCUCGCCCUUCCACCGCCUCAUCCCCUCCUUCAUGGUGCAAACCGGCGCGCCGGCGCACCCCAACCCGCCCGACAACCCGAAGGGCGGGCGGUCCAUCUACGGGCCGAGCUUCGAGGACGAGAUCCGGCCGGGCCUGCGCCACCACGAGCGCGGCAUCGUCAGCAUGGCCAACAAGGGGCCCAACACCAACGGCAGCCAAUUCUUCAUCACCUUCGCCGCCGCGCCGCACCUCGACGGCCUGAACACCGUCUUCGGGAAGCUGCUCGGCGACGAGAGCCUCGCGACGCUGGCCAAGAUCGAGGCCGUCGAGGUGGACCGCAAGAACAGGCCCGUGGAGGAGAUCAGGAUCGAGCGGGUCACGAUCCAUGCCAAUCCGCUGGCGAAGUGAGCGCCCGGGGGGCGGUGGCGAGGGUUGGCUUACCGAUCCAAAGUCGGGACGGGGAUACCUCGAACCAGCCGUAUUGGCGAAACACGGCGCCGCGGGCCGAGCCAGGCUAGGCUGCUGGUUGCAUACCUGAUACGGAGAAGUGCAACGGACAACCAUGCGAGCGAACAGGCGGUCGCCGGCCCGUGAGACAACAGACAGGCCUCACCUGCCCGAGCAGCGCCGCCGGGUCUCUCCUGUCGGCCAUGCAGAGCGCCAGUAGGUGUGGCAACUGGAAUGCCGAGGGAUAAGCUGCACAUUCUGGUGGUAGUUCAGCCACGAGCUUAAGCAGCGAGAGGGCAGGGGAAGGCCACACGGAUUGAGGGUCAAGCAAGCGCUACAAGAAGGAGCUGGACGCAGCUGGCAUGGGGAAGUGCGCAUCGGAGCGCCCGUCUGGGGCGACAUAACCAUGGGACACCCGGCUGGUCAGAAGUCUACUGUGUAGGCA